AUGCUACCAACAUCCCAGACCAGUAAUGACGUCUUAGUCGAUGGAAAAGACGCCCUAGACGACCUUGCAAAACUUCCACCAACUCCGCCGGCGGAAACAGGAACUCCAUUGUAUACGGUCAAUGAUAUCCUGUUGCACCGCAUACCGCAUCCGCCUGGAGCCCCUUUGGUCGGCUAUCCGCAAAGCACACAUGGGAUCAGCGACUACAAGUUUUACACUGCGGAGGACUUGGACAGGUUUGCAAAUGGAUCUGCCAAUAUUAUGCAAGACUCUGGACUUCCAAUGUUCUCCGAUCCCGUCGAGAACCGGGUAGUAGCAAUACUUGGCGCUUCUAACCUUGACUACGUCGUUGCCCUGUUCGCACUGUCAAGAUUAGGAUAUGCUGUUCUAUUACUGUCUACUCGGCUUAGCACUGAAGCUUACACCAACCUCCUUGCCAAAACCAACUGCAGAAAUAUUAUAUAUUCCUCCACGGCACAACGAGCAGUGUCGCUGAUUCAAGGUGCUGUGCCAGAAAUAAAAUCAAAUUUAAUACCGGAGUAUUCUAGUUACUCGCGAUGCGUCGAAUCAUCAGAAUUGCAGUUCACCGGACAGCCGGAAAUAAGUCGGAAAUUGGCUUUCAUUAUCCAUUCUUCGGGUUCUACAGGUCUUCCUAAACCAAUUUUCCAGACGCACUCUGCUUGCAUUGCCAACUAUACUGCCAGCAACUCGUAUCGUGCUCUCUUGACCCUUCCCAUGUAUCACAAUCAUGGCCUAUGCACAUUAUUUCGAUGCUUGUUUAAGGCAAAGCCCGUUGCCAUUUACAAUGCAAAUCUACCCUUGACCGGCAAAAACGUCCUCGAAGCCAUGGAAGCAUUCCAACCUGAGAGUUUCCAUGGGGUACCAUACGUCCUGAAACUCCUAAGCGAAGUUGACGGGGGGGCUGAGGAGCUAGCCAAAUGUCGGCAAGUCCUCUUUGGAGGAAGCAGUUGCCCAGAUGACCUUGGAGAUUACCUUGUGAACAAGGGAGUUCGGCUAAUCAGCCAUUACGGGGCUACAGAAGCUGGUCAGUUAAUGACAUCUGACCGCCCCGUUGAGGACAAACUGUGGAACUACGUUCGGCCUUUAAAGGGCGUUUUGCCCUUUUUGAGAAUGGACGAACUCGAGGACGGCUCCUACGAGUGCGUUGCCCUCGAUGGGCUCCCAACUAAGGUCACAUCCAACUGCGAUGACCCACCGAAUUCUUUCCGUACUCGAGACACAUUUUUGAAGCAUCCUAGCAUUCCAAAUGCCUGGAAGUACCUGGGUCGUAUUGAUGACAGAGUCACCUUAGUCAAUGGUGAGAAGGUUCUGCCCGUACCAAUUGAGCACCGCAUUCGACAGAGCAAGUUUGUGAAGGAUAAUCUCGUGUUCGGGGUGGGAAAGCCACUACCCGGCUUGAUUGUUGUUCCCAGUGUUGAGUGUGAAAAUAUGACCAAUGAUGAGAUUCUCGAUAUUGUGUGGCCUAAUAUCGAGGCCGCAAACAAAAGCGCAGAGGCAUUUAGUCAGAUAUCCCGGGACAUGGUUAUCAUAUUAGCCGCGGGGUCUUCGUAUCCAGCAACUGAUAAAGGGACAAUGAUUCGAAACCGCUGCUACAUGGAAUUCAACGACCUCAUUGAAGCCGCAUACAAAAGACUGGAAAGUGGCUCUUCAGACGACGCGCAAAAGCUCUUUCUGGACCUUGCAGAACUAGAAAAAUACCUUCUGAAUCUUUUUAGAACCUACCUCGGCUUUGCAGAACUUGGUUUGGACUCCGACUUCUUUGAGGCAGGAGUUGACAGCCUCCAAGCGAUCAAAGUAAGAGGCAUGAUUAAGAGGAACAUCAACAUUGGGACCGCCGAACUCGGCCAUAACGUUGUUUUCGACUUUGCGAACAUCAAGAGACUUGCGAUGCAUCUAUACGCCCUCCGAACCGGUGACCGAUCAAACGAGGAGGAUGAGCUGGCGGUCAUGUCACAGUUAAUCGAGAAGUAUUCAUCUUUCGUGGAGCGACCAGGUGCAGAGGAAGUUAUUCUGCUUACUGGAACAACCGGCUCUCUUGGUAUCUAUAUUCUCUCUCGACUGAUGCAGAAAAGAAACGUUAAAAGAAUAUACUGCCUUGUACGAGCAUCAAACACGAGCAACGCCCUCGAUCGGAUUCUUUCCAACCUGGCGUCAAGGUCAUUACCCAUGGUGAACGUCUCAAAAAUCGUGGCCUUGCCAUCCCAGCUCGGUUCAGAGAAUCUUGGGCUGUCUCCUUCGGUGCUCAGUGAGCUUCGGGUGUCCCUAACCAAAGUCAUACACUCUGCCUGGGCUGUGAAUUUUACGCUAGGCGUGCGCAGCUUUGAAGCGCAGCACAUAAAGGGCGUCCACAACUUGAUCAAUCUAUGCCUCUCUAGCGAGCGAUCCUCUCCAGCACAACUUUAUUUCUGCUCUUCCAUAUCCUCAGCUGCUGGAACGCCACUUCCUGCCACCAUCAGCGAAGCCCCAGUCCCUAAACUUGCGCACGCACACAACAUGGGCUACGCGAGGUCUAAACUUGUGGCGGAACGAAUUGUCCAGGCUGCCGCAGAGAAAACCGGGAUGGUCGCGAAAGUUCUCAGAGUCGGUCAGAUUGUUGGCGACACGGUAAAAGGAAAAUGGAACACUACCGAGGCAAUCCCUCUGAUGCUUCAGACAGCGCACACGCUGAAGGUGUUGCCGGCCCUCGACGAAACCCCAUCUUGGCUUCCUGUCGACGUCGUCGCAGACGCCAUUUUGGACUUGGCAAGUCUUAACGAUUCUCCUAUCUCAGGCUCCGCCAUAUUGAGACAGUUCUCGCACGACCCGAAUACAGUUUACCACGUCCAAAAUUCCAGGACUUUCAAAUGGACAGAAGAGCUCCUUCCCGCGUUAAAAGAAGCAGGGCUUGACUUUGAAAUCCUGACCCAAAGGCAGUGGAUUCAACGUCUUCGAGAAGGCGAACAGGAUCCACAGAAAAACCCAGCCAUUAAGCUGUUGGACUUUUUCGCAGAUAAAUAUGAUAAUGACAAGCCUGGCCGAGCGGGUCUUGUGUUUGAGAUGGCGAAGUCCGAGGCCGCGAGCCCAUCGUUGAAAGGGGGGGUAGAGUUGAUAGAGAGCGGACUGAUUAAGAAAUUUGUCGACUCCUGGAGGAGCGAGUGGUGA